CUUGAAAAACGAUAAGGUACAAAGCAGAACAGGCUCCUUUAAAUACACUCACCCACGUAAUUAUUAACUCCCCUGAGUUGCUGCAAGAGUGACUUUGGCCACAUAAUUAUAGUGGUUUCUCCAUCGGUAAAGGUGUUGGACAACAGGUGCUCUGUCGUUGCUGUGAUUAUGGACGACGUGACACAGAAGCUCACCUUGAAGCGGGAAGUAGGGCUGGUGGGAGCCGUGUCCCUCAUUGGAGGGACAAUGAUUGGAUCUGGGAUCUUCAUGUCCCCACAGACAGUGCUCCUCACCAUCGGCAGCCCUGGGGCCAGUUUGGUUGUGUGGGGGAUCUGUGGUUUACUGGUGAUACUGGUGUCUUUCUGCUACGCUGAGCUGGGCACCGUUAUAAGAGAAUCAGGAGGGGAGUACAUCUACAUCCUCAGGACUUCAGGUCCAGUCCUCGCCUUCAUGCUAAUCUUCAGCUCUGUGUUAUUUGUGAGACCUGCCGGUGUUGCCGGCAUCUCGCUGAGUUUUGCUCAGUAUGUCGUGGCUCCCUUCUACUCAGACUGCCCCCCUCCAGUGGUGUUAGUCAAAUGCGUGGCUGCAGUUGCAAUUAUAGUGCUUGCCACUGUGAACUGCCUUAAUGUUCGCUUUUCAAUGUCAGUCCAAGUGUUUUUUAUGGUGGUCAAGGUUCUGGCAUUGGCAGUCAUUAUAAUAGGAGGUUUGGUGAUGCUUAUCCAGGGGCAUACUGAAAACUUUGAAGACUCCUUUGAGAACACAAAUGUUGGCAUCAAUUCAAUUGGUAUUGCUUUCUACCAGGGACUGUGGUCCUAUGAUGGCUGGAACAAUCUGAAUUAUGUUACUGAAGAGUUAAAACGCCCAGAGGUAAGUAAAAGGCUAUAUGGGGUUUCAGGGAAAAGUUUUAUUGCAUUGAAGUAGUUAUUGAUUAAGACCAAUAAGCAGUCCAUGUUAAGGUGACCCUGGCUAUACUCGGCAGCAUCACCAUAAAGA